UAUUUGAACACAAUGAACACACCUGGCGUCAUUCAUUACACACAACGACUCAAAAUUAAAGACACUUGUUGCUAAUGCUGUGACCACAUGUACAAAAGCAAGUUCAGAGUGCACAGUUUGCUGAAGAUUCCAAACAAACACAAUGGAUGAAGGCAGAGUCAGGGGAAGAGGAAUUCGAGUCAGAGGAGGGAGAAGAGCUGGCCAUGGAAGAAGAGGAGCAGGCCAACGAGGAAGAGGAGUUCAAAUCAGUGGAGGAAGAGGAGCAGGCCAACGAGGAAGAGGAGUUCAAAUCAGAGGAGGAAGAGGAGCAGGCCAACGAGGAAGAGGAGUUCAAAUCAGAGGAGGAAGAGGAGCAGGCCAACAAGGGAGAGGAGAAGGUCCAGGAGGGAGAGCAAGACAACCUCGCACCAUCAUUACGGACGAGAUGCGAGUCAUUGACUAUGGCUGAAGCAGGACUACGAGUCCGUCCAAACCUGAGUAGGUUCACCAUGGCCACCAUUAUCAGGGCAUUCAGACAACACAACAGAGUUGAAAGAAUGCCACAUAGAGGUGGGAGGGUUGCCAUAUUUACAGCGGGACAAGAAACCCUCAUUGUGGAUAUGGUUCGUGAGAACAACCUCAUCAGACUCCGGGAGAUCAGAGACGAAGUCAUUGUCGAUAAUGUCAACUUUGAGAGCAUUGAUGAUGUCAGCUUGGCCACAAUAGACUGAGUUCUCCGGUGCCAAAAGAUGCGGAUGAAACAGGUCUAUAAGGUUCCCUUUGAGCGCAACUCUGCGCGACACAAAGACCUACGUUACGAGUAUGUGCAAAGGAUAUUACAGUUGGACACGAUGGCCAGACCUCAUGAGUACCUCUUCCUGGAUGAGGCUGGCUUCAACCUGCAGAAACGAAGGCAAAGAGGCCGUAACAUCAUUGGCCAAAGAGCCAUCACUGAGGUUCCUGGCCAAUGGGGGGGUAAUAUUACUCUUUGUGCGGCCAUGAGUUUGGAGGGGCUUGUCCACCGGCAUGCUGUCCUUGGGUCUUACAACACCCAACAUUUGGGACAAUGUUCGCUUCCACAAAACAAACCAAAUCAGAGAGUGGUUCACCACCAACAGUAACCACUUUUUAAACGUCUGUCUGCCACCCUACUCCCCUUUCCUGAACCCUAUAGAGGAGUUCUUCUCAUCAUG